AUGCUGCCCUCUGUGCUGCCAGCUACUCUCCUCACCCUGCUCCAGCUGUCCCCAGGCCAGGCUCAGGUGCCCAUCCAGGCCAACUUUGACCCCACCAAGUUCCAGGGCCUCUGGUGUGUAGUUGGGGCUGUGUCGGAUGACCAGGGCUUCCAGGACUCCAAGGAUGAUAUGAAGAUGCCUGUAGUCUCAGUGACUUCCUUCACCAACGGUGACCUGGCUAUCAAGUUUGGGUACCCCAAAGAGACAACAUACACCAAGGGCGCUAUGCACGGGCAGUUCAGCAACCCAGCCAUGGCCCAGAGCAACAUCCAUGUGGCCUUCACUGACUACGAGCACUUCGCGGUGAUGUACUUUGAGACGCAGAAGGCAGGCGCGUGGAACAUCUGGCUGCAGCUCUAUGGAGCGCGGAAAGGGGCUACGGCUCCCUGGAUACCCGACGGGGCGUUAGGGUGUUGCUGCUCCCUGCGGGUGGACCAUGUUCACAUGCCCUCCUGCCUCAGGCCACGUCCCAGUGCCGUUUCCUGAAGGCGCCCAAAAGAUGCAGCAGUUGGUACCUGAAGUGGGCCUGAACCCCAGCCAGGGCGCCCUGCUGCUCAAGUUGGGUGAGCACUACCCCCUGCCCCAGCUCCAGGACGAGGGAACUGAGGGGCCCCAGACCCAGCCUGGCAGGGCCAGGCCCUGUGGUUUACUGCACUGACCCCAGAAUGGGGGGGUGGCUACUGGGAGUGUGGGGCCCCAGGGCAAGGGGCACGAGGGGUGCCUGAAGCCCAUUCUCUUCCACAGAGCAGCGUACCAACAUGAUGUCCCAGGUGAGUGCCCUGAACACAAGGGGCUCUCGGUGUGGGGCUCCCCAUGGAGUGCUCCCUCUUGGGCCAGGAAGAGGCCGGGAGGGCCGGUAUAAGCACAGUGUCUAGAACUGGCCAGGAAGAGUGCCUGGAACCUGCCACUUGUUUUGCGGUGAGGGCUCCUGGUCAAGUGCUGGCGGGGACUGAGCCUGCUGUGUCUUCUGCAAAAAGCACCCCAUUUCACCCCCAGCCCCCUAGGUACAAUAAAUGGUCUUGGAGAGUCAUCUGAGGUGUGCUUUUUGGGAAAUGGGCAGGGUGGGUGGUGGGGUGGCCUGGAAUAGAGGUGGCCAUGAGAGUGGCUGAGCCCCUAGGGACCAGGACCCACCACAGCUAGGCACCUUUGGGCACAGGCUGGAACCACUCACGGUGGCCCCUACCAUUGGGUUCCUGCACUGGUGUCAGCCCAGAAGGGGCUGACUUAGCUGAGGUCAUGGCAGAGGUCGGGGGCAGAAGCCAGCAUCAAAGAGGCUUUCCUGGCUCCCUGGAGUCUAGCUCAAUAGCACAUGCACCCUGGAUCUGGCAGCCACUGGUGAUGGACUGGCCUUUGGGGUCUACAGAGACCCCCUGGUGCUCCAGCUUCCCCGACUCUGGCUCUGGACGCAGCACUCCUCCCUGGUCCCUUCCGUGCCCCCUUGCCUGGCUGUAGUACAGAGCCAGCUGAGAGACGCCCUCACAGC